AUAAAUUUUUGCAAAUGCUGUAAAAAAUCUAUCGACGAUGAUGAUUUUGAUUCCGAAUCUAACGAAUUCACAACAUUAUCUUCAAUAACAAUAAUAACUGAAGAAUCUCAAAAAUCUCUUAAAAACAAAAGAAUUUUUGACGAUGUAAUUAAAAAAUAUUCUGCAAAAUAUAUUACAUCUCAAUCUGGAACAGUAGGAAACAAAAAUAUCUUUUGGUCUAACAAUGAAUUGCAAAUGGAUGAUAGUGACAAUGAAUUUAUUAUUUAA